CUUCCACUUCCUUCAUUAUCUUCUAUCCCUUUAAUAUGUCGGUCUGUAGUUAGUUCUCUAUCAAACCACCAGUGAUACUUAUGGCGGAGUUUUUACUGUUUUUCCUCCAUCGGGCUUAAAUACCACGACUCCUCUGAUGGGCCUGGGCUCAGCACGAGGUGUAACACCCGCUCAAAGUUCUUCUUUUAGGCUCCUGGGUGGGUUAGUGCCUGUAAACGUUAGGUUAGCUAACUCUCCUAGCAUGUGCUAACCCUAAGCUGAUAAAGUGAAGGGUCGUCGGCUGCUCGGUUCACGCUUCGUCUUUUCCAUGUGUUGUUUAUGACCAAGUGUUGUAUUGUUUUUCUACAUCCACACAAGUACCGGUUGUUACAGCCCUGCACCGGCUGACGUGGUCAGUUAGCCAGCUGCUAACGGUCCAGGCUCCUGCUGUUUGAGACACUUAGCUUUCCUUUACCUGCCGACAAAAAUGGAUUUCGACAACAUAUUGGACAUCGCCUCGCAGAACCAGGGACUCAGCAACGUAAAGAAGAGAUACAGUUUACAAGCUGGACCACCCAAAAAGGACCCGAGGUCGAGAGGUGUAAAUCCGGCUGCUGUGCAGGCGCUUCUGAAGAAGCAACAAGUUGAUACCAAAAAGAAAGAAAUUAAAAUGAAGACAGAGAAGGAGAAACUCAACGCCAAGAGGGUCGAGCUGAAGUCAGACAGGAAAGCGAGAGCGAUGGCUUCAAGAACUAAGGACAAUUUUAGAGGCUACAAUGGCAUCCCGAUGGUCGAGUUUCCAAAGAAACGACGAUCUAAACAUGAGAUGGAGGACGAGAGAUCAACGGAUGCCCAAGGAUUUAGGAACGACGAGGUUGACCCAGAGGAUGAGGAUAACUAUGAGUAUGAACAGACUGAUUCGGAGCCAGAGCCUGAGCCAGAGCCGUUGAGACCAGUGAGGCCCACAGGUGUUAGUGGGGGUAGCAGUGGUAGUAGCAGCAAGUCCUCCUCUAAAAAACCCAAGUCUGCUCCACCUCCGUUGAACUUUGCGGACUUACUCAAGUUGGCAGAGAAGAAACAGUUUGAGCCGGUUGAUCUCAAAACCAAGUCAGUGAAAAAAGAUGAUCGAUUACGCACAGCUGAUGAGAUAAGGGAACUAGAGAUGGAGCGCAAGGCCAAGAGACCAGAAAAAAACAGAGACCCGUAUGAGGAGAGGGAGAGAGAUGGCAAGUCUCAAUCUAGCUCCAGUUCAACCAGGACAAGCACUUCAGAGAAGGAGCAGAAGAACGGCAAACCGCAAAAGAACUCAUUAGAAAAACAAAGUCUGCACUCUGGGUCCGCGAAGAAGUUGCAAAGCGACAGAGGCCACUCGUCUUCUAAGUCCUCUGUAAGAGACCGAGAGAGAGACAGACCCAACACAUCCCACAGUGAUAGAGACAGAUCCAAGACCAGUUCGAGUAGUUCGUCUGGUGCCACAAGCAGUCGAGGUCUUUCAAAAACUUCCUCUCAGGGUUUACCCAAACACGGGGCCCCCAAACCCUCGUCUAGCCACAAAUCCAGCACCUCAAGUGACCUUAGCAACAGAAAAGAAAGCUCGUCAUCACUUCAAGGAAGAGCUUCAGGGAAUCCUGGGACCAGACCUUCUGGUACAGCUUUAACAGGCCAAAAAUCUCAACAUGGGACCUCCCAGCAGACCAGGCCCAGUCAGGGUAGCUCUAUGAAACAGGGAGCGGCAGUCGGAGGCCACAGGUCUGGAAAGGGUGAACCAAUAAAGACCGGAAUUAAUUCGGCAGUAAAAUCUAACGGUAAUUCAGUGAUGAGGAAUUCAUCAGGCGGCCCUCCUAAGGCAGGGAGCCAACCUCAGCAAAGGCCAGGAGGCACAUUCCAGGCAAGAAGUGGUGGCCCACAAGCCAGGCCUGGUGGGAGUGGUGGGCAGGGUUACCCUGGAGGUAAUGGAUCCAGACCUCCGGGGCCUGGAAGCGGCCGACCUGGUUGUGGCGGACCAGUGCCUGGAAGCGGUCGACCUGGUCCUGGAAGCGGCCGACCUGGUUGUGGCGGACCAGUGCCUGGAAGCGGUCGACCUGGUCCUGGAAGCGGUCGACCUGGUGGUGGGGGACCAGGGCCUGGAAGCGGUCGACCUGGUGGUGGGGGACCAGGGCCUGGAAGCGGUCGACCUGGUAGUGGGGGACCAGGUCCUGGACGUUCGACAGAUAUGAGGGAAUCAGGACCUGGAAGACCCACGUGCACUGUGGUGUCGGAGACCAUUUCAUCCAAGAAUUUUGGUGGACCCAGACCAGGUGUCCCUCCUCAGCCAGGCAUGCCACAGAGACCUGGGAUGCCACAGAGACCUGGGAUGCCACAGAGACCUGGGAUGCCACAGAGACCUGGGAUGAACAGACCACCAGGUACAACGUUGCCACCUAUCACAUCUGCCUAUAAGAGACAAUUUGAUGACGAGGAAGACGAGUACGACUCAGAAAUGGACGAUUUUAUUGAUGACGAAGGCAACGAACCAAACGAAAUUUCCAGGCACAUAAAGGAGAUCUUUGGAUAUGAUCGAAACAAAUACAAGGAUGAGAGUGACUACGCCCUUAAAUUUAUGGAGAGCAGCUGGAAAGAUAUGCAGAAAGAAGAGGCCAGGAGCCUGAAGUUGGCUGUGCUGGAAGAUCAGGAGGAGGAGAAAAAAGAGGAAGAGGAGCUGAAAAGGAGAAACGCUAAGAGGCCAAGAAAGAUCUGAAGUCCCUGAAUAAAUGAAUUAUUAAAAAACCUGUGUAUCUGG